AUGUCUAACCAAGGAUGGAUUGCUGAUAAUAGGUCGCUGGCCGAAUUGACCACGUUACUAGGGAACUGUAUGUCAUCGGACCACGAUGUAAGAACCAAUGCAAUGGAUUCGUUGAAAGUGUUUGAAUCACAACCGGAGUUUUUUAAUUACCUGUGUUAUAUCUUGAUUGAGGGAGAAACUGACGCAACAUUGUUGCAACAAUUUUCUCAAGUUGAUUUAGCCAAUUGCAGGGCUACAGCUGGUAUGCUACUGAAGAAUUCUCUUCUUGAUCCAUCAAAUAUCGCAACAAAGAACAUCGAGUAUGUGAAGAGUAAUAUUGUCAAAGGAUUACAGAAUGGAUCUAAUGCACUUGUAGGAAACGUAACAGGUAUUGUUGUUACAGCAUUAUUUUCUAGUUAUUACAGACAGCAUAGGGAUGACCCUACUGGUUGGAAUAUGUUAACACAGUUACUGGAAUUAUCAUCAAGCGGUAGUGUCGAUGCCGCAAAGGCUUUAUCUAAAGUGGUAGAAGAUAAUGCUACUUUCUUCCAAUUAGAUUGGACCAACAACCAAUCGCAACUUAUACAACCUGUUGAAAUUUUAGUAACACAAUUAUUCUUAACGAUAGAUUCUCCACAAUUACCCUUCCAAGUACGUGCUGAAUGUAUCAAAUCCAUAAAUUUUAUUAUUAAAUUGCAAUCUCAGUAUUUUAUUGUUAGGAUUGAUGAAUAUUUGAAUAAAUUGUUCCAUUUGGCACAAACUGAGAGUCAUGACCCCAUUACCACCCAAAUAUGUAUUAGUUUUACCUUAUUAUUGGAGACUAGGCCAGAUAAAUUGAUAGAGCAUUUAUCAGGGAUAGUCCAAUUCAUGUUGCAUGUGAUUGGUAAUUCUACAAAUGAACAAGUGGCAGUCGAGGCAUGCGAGUUCUUGCAUACAUUUGUGACUGGUGCUCACAUCCCCAAGCAUAUCUUACAACCAUUUGUUGGAGAAUUGGUACCUGUUUUAUUGGCAAAUAUGGUGUAUGAUAAGGAUUCAAUUAACAUAUUUGAGACACACAAUGAAGCAGAUGCUCUGGUAGAGGACAAGGAUGAAGACAUUAGACCAAUGGCGCCUCGUAUUGUCAAGAAGAGUAAAAACGGUGCACAGGCAGAUGAUAGUGACGACGAAGAUGACGACGACGACGAAGAUGGUGAUGGACAAGUAGACUCCGGUUGGACUUUAAGAAAAUGUUCUGCCGCUACUUUAGAUUCAAUGACAAACGUGUUACCAAGAGAUGUCAUAGAAAUUGCUUUCCCUUUCCUAAGAGAACACUUAACAUCUGAAGAAUGGUAUGUUCGCGAAGCCACUAUUUUAGCAUUAGGUGCCAUGGCAGAGGGUGGUAUGAAAUAUUUCAAUGAUCAAUUACCAGUGCUGAUACCGUUUUUAGUAGAACAACUGAAAGACACAUGGGCUCCGGUAAGGAAAAUUGUAUGUUGGACGCUAAGUAGAUUUUCUCCUUGGAUUUUGCAGGACCACACCGAAUUUUUAAUUCCAGUGUUGGAACCUAUUGUAGCUACAUUAUUAGAUAACAAGAAAGAUGUUCAAGAGGCUGCUAUUAGUAGUGUUGCAGUAUUUAUAGAAAACUGUGAUCCUGAAUUGAUUGAAACAUUACUGUACAAUGACCUGCUCCAAAGUUUUGAUAAAUGUUUUGCUCUAUACAAAAAGAAGAACUUAAUUAUAUUAUACGAUGCUGUUGGUCGUUUUGCUGAGAAAGUUGAAUUAGACGACAAGAGCAUGCAAGUAAUCUUGCCCCAUUUGAUUUCAAAAUGGUCAGCACUACCAGACAACGACAAGGAAUUAUGGCCUUUAUUAGAAUGUUUAUCUUGUGUUGCAUCUUCCCUAGGUGAAAGAUUUGCUCCAAUGGCGCCAGAAGUCUAUUCGAGAGCCUACAGAAUUCUAUGCCAUUGUGUAGAAAGUGAAUCCAAGUCACAGAACGAUCCUACAAUAGUGGUACCUGAAAAGGAUUUCGCUAUUACAUCACUAGAUCUUAUCGACGGUAUUGUUCAAGCACUCGGUGAGUCUGCUCAACCAUUAUUAAUACCAGGGCAGACAGACAGAACUUUGCUUCAAAUCAUGUUGGAAUGCCUACAGGAUCCAGUUCAUGAGGUGAGACAAAGUGUUUUUGCAUUAUUGGGUGAUAUUGUAACUUUUUUUGAUACACAAGUACUAAGUGGCUAUUUAUCUCAAUUCCUUAAAUUUAUAGGAAUAGAAGCAAUGCAUAACGAUGAUAUAGAAGGUAUACCUAGUGUAAUAAAUGCUGUAUGGGCUCUCGGUAUAAUCAGUGAACGUAUCGACUUAGCUCAAUAUAUUAUCGAUCUUUCGGGAAUUCUUUUGGAUUUAUUCACCACUACUUUACAAGAUGUCGAUCUUGCCAUUCUAGAAAAUGUCGCCAUUACAAUCGGUAGGAUGGGUAUGACACACCCUGAGGUGUUCAGUACAGGCAAAUUUUCUAAUGACAUUAUAUGGAGCCGUUGGUGCAACCUUGUGAAUCCAGUGGAUUCCAUCGAAGAGAAGAGCAGUGCGUACUUGGGGUUCAUUAAGAUCACAGCAAUGAGUGGCAAUGUUCAGAUGAGUAAUACCACACUACAUAAGAUAAUAGAAGGUCUAUCAAGAAAUGUUGACACAUCGGUAUUUUCCCAAGAAAUUAUUGACUUCUUGAUGAUUCACCAGCAAAAGUUAUCGCAGGUAUCAUUCAACGAUCACGAGUUGCAUUUCCUUCAAUCCUUUACAUCAUAG